AUGCGACGAGUGUUCUGCGACGACUCCGUAGGCUCUCUGCAAAGCCACCGCAUUCGCCUUCACUUUCCCCCUCAAAAAUCCAUCAGCGCGCGCACCGCAACCGUGACUCCCGCAUCCUCAGCACUGAUGGAGGGAGACACUGGCUCCAACUCGCCAUCUCGCCCCGCUUUCCGGCUGCAGGCGACCGCUUUAUCUGGUUAUACUACCUCAUCUUUAUCGCCUUCCUUCAAAUUGGAUGAAGGUUACUCGGAUGACACUCGAAGUCAGUCGGACAAAGAUCUGGUCGCCGACAAUGUGACGAUGCUCCCUGAAUGGGUCCUCGCCCAAAGUGAGGCUGACAGAGCUGGUAAAUGUUUCUUCCUGCAUGUUUCUAUUACCCCCUUGAGGUUCCCAACCUCCCAACCUCCUUUGUCUUCGACGCCCCGUGCUCACCAAUGGAACUCAACUACAGAACUUGCGUAUAGCUUGCUUCGUUCUCUCUCGACGUCGACACUUGCUGGCCUCGUUGACCGUCUAAAUCCGCUUCUCCAUAUGGACCCAGUCGUGAAAUUACCGCCCGAACUCACCUUCCAGAUCUUCUCGUACCUCGAUCCACGCACCCUCUUGACUGCGACGCUCGCGUCUCGUUCGUGGCGCAAUCGAAUAUUGGACUCCGGCCUCUGGCGCGUGUUAUACAUUAACGAGGGCUGGCGAGUAGAUACUCGCGCUAUUCGCAAUUUCGAACAAGAGCAUUCCGAAGCGACGUCCCCUCAGACCCGCCGUUCUCGACCCCGACACUCAGAACCAGACUUGGGUGAACCCAAACAUAAGAAGCGCUUACCUCCCUCAUGGUAUGACACGCGUGGUGCGGAGGGUCAAGGCUCCUCAGAUGUUAAGGUUGAACCUGACGACGAGGGAGACCACCACAUGGCUGAUGCGGGUGACCGAGGGACACACGCAUCAAUUGAGAAACCCGGGCUCGCGCCGCCCAGUCUCAUUCAGAAACCACCCUCACUCCUCCAACCUCCUUUGAAAUCGUCACUGCUCAUGCACUCGCCGAACGGGGCUGUCAGAAUUAAUUGGGUACAUCUCUAUAAACAACGCAGACGUCUCGAAGCGAAUUGGCAUCAUGGUCGGUUUACCAACUUCCAACUGCCUCAUCCGUCUUAUCCAGAGGAGGCGCACAGAGAGUGCGUUUAUGCGAUCCAGUUCCAAGGAAAAUGGCUGGUCAGCGGAAGCCGGGACAGAACUGUACGAGUCUGGGAUUUGGAGACCAAACGACUCUGGCACCGCCCAUUAGUCGGACAUGGCAAAUCAGUCCUGUGUCUACAAUUCGACCCGAGUCCCGAAGAGGAUGUAGUCAUCUCCGGCAGCAGCGACAAGACUGUAAUCCUAUGGAAAUUCUCGACGGGCCAGAAGCUUCAUCAAAUUACCAAUGCGCAUGCUGACUCCGUGCUGAAUCUCAAAUUCGAUCACCGGUACCUGGUAACCUGUUCGAAAGACCGAACUGUGAAGGUGUGGAAUCGUCACGACCUCAUGCCCAAUGAUGAGGACUACCCCCGAGUCUGCAAAGGUGGUGGUGCCAGCUAUCCGUCAUAUAUCAUUGACCUCAACGACGUCGCCCCCAAUGUGCUUGAGGCCAGCAUCGCAAACGGACAUGUCAAAGCCUUGAAAGCUUACUCGCUGCUCAUGACUGUAGAGGGCCAUGGAGCUGCCGUCAAUGCAAUGCAACUCCACGGUGAUGAGAUAGUCACUGCAUCCGGGGACCGCAUGAUCAAGGUCUGGAAUAUACGUAAUGGUACUUGUAUGAAGACUUUGAUGGGUCAUGAAAAGGGUAUUGCAUGUGUUCAAUUUGACAGCCGCCGCAUCAUCAGCGGCAGCAACGACAACACAGUGCGCAUCUACGAUCAUAUCUCUGGAGCCGAGGUGGCCUGUUUGCGAGGACACAACAAUCUGGUACGCACAGUGCAGGCGGGAUUCGGUGAUCCACCAGGUGCGGAUGAAGCUUUGCGAUUGGAGGCAUUGGAGGUUGAGAAUGCUUUUUGGAAAGCUCAGCAAGAGGGUGCACCUGUCGACCUUGGCCCAAGAGCCCUGCGUCGCGCGGGCCACUAUUCAAACACUGCUGGCUCUCGUGACCCCCGCGAUAUCCGAGCUCUUGGAGCAAAGAUUCCUCCAGGUGGUGGAGGUAGUGCUUGGGGUCGUAUUGUGUCCGGUUCCUACGACGAGUCGAUCUUGAUUUGGCACAAAGACCGCGAUGGUGCAUGGUCGAUUGGACACCGUUUGCGUCAAGCUGAUGCCGCCGCCAACGCAGCUCGCGGAACAUUGAGUGAAGCAGCACGAGCUGCUGUCCAAGCACAGGCCCAGCAGUUGGCAGCACUACAGGCCCCUGCGCCCGCGACUGCAGCUCAAUCCGCGACAGUUCAAGACGCCGACCAAUCGGCAGAUCAAGAUGUUGUUGAAGAUACACCCACACCACCUGCUACGAACAACAACCUUCCAACCGUGCCAGCACUACCAGACGGGACUGCCGCUGCCGCAGCAGCAGCCUCCAACCUGCCUCCUCCCCCAGCACACGCGGCGGCGCCUGCUCCGAACCACCCUCCUCCAGCAGUAAACCCACAUCAGCUGGCCGCUGGGCAUCAUCACCACCACCUCCAUCGACACAAUCGGCAAUUGCCACCCACACCUCCCACGUCAAGGGUGUUCAAAGUCCAAUUCGACUCACGCAAGAUCGUCUGCGCCAGCGUGGACCCACGCAUCGUGGGCUGGGACUUUGCCUGCGGUGACGAGGAGAUACUGGAGGCAUGUUCGUUCUUCCAGGGCCUCUGA